AUCAAAGUAUUAGCAAAUCCUGUAAACUGCCCCCACAGACUGCACCAAUGAAAGCCCUUGUCACAGUGGUCAGUCAGUUCUGGAGCAGCAAAAUAAAAAUUCAGCAGUCAUGGCUUUAAAGGCAGCACUCACUUGGCUCUGCUUGAUCUCAGGCGUAUCAUUUUCUGGUGCUGCAGAAACUUCACCCAUGAACUGUGACUCAGCGCUGUUUAUGAACCUGACAGCUGGGCUAAAGAUGGUAGCAGAGUGUGAAGAAUUCUCUCAGUGGAGCUCAAAGCAGAGGGCUGAACUGUUGAUCCUGAUGAGGGAUCUUACAGAAUCGCUGCACAACAACCAGCUGAAAGAAUGUCAAAGUGCAGAGUGGAGGAAAUGCCCACUGGCCAAUGCACCGGCUAACGGAGGACUGGUUUGUGCCACUGCAGCCAACAGGACCUUCUGCAAACCCAUGUGUAACUCUGGUCAUGAUUUUGCCUUCCUGCGGCGGAGUCGCCUCUUUGAUGAAUGUAGCGAGCAAACGAAUUACAAAUGGAACAGCCAGUAUGGAGGAGGAACCAGACUGGCUGUGUGCAACAAAGAGUCCAUUCAGAUUUCAGGAGCAAAGUCUGCGUAUUUCCCUAAUGACUGCCUCACAACUAGGAGCAGCGACGGAAUGCAGAGGAGCAUCUUUGGUAAUUUCACCAGUGAGCUGAAGGAUGCAGGAAUUACUGAAGAUCCACAGCAUCUCUGUCUCAUCUGUGGACCAAAUUAGAGUCAGUAGUCCGACUGUGUCAAAGGUUUUAGAGCUGUGCCAACUGGUCGAUAAAGUAUGACUCAGAUCAGGCUUUUAUUAAGUAUGCCUAAACACUUCUAGUCUGCUUUGGGGGGGUUUCUACUCAGACACCACUGCUGUCUUCUCUGUCCAGAACAAAAAAUCAAGGAAGGGACUCUUCUAUGUUACGCCCCUGGUUCUGACCCACAGCCCAUUUUUACUCAUUUCACUGAUUAGGGAGGCUGUGGUGUUUGAACCAGGCUCAGGUGGUAAUGUGGAGUCCACCACCACCACCAGCAGCAGCAGCAGCCAGAAGCAUUGAUGGAACCAUGCUUUCAUGUUAGUGACACCAGAAUCUGACCCAACCUGAAUGUUGCAGCUGAGAUCCAGACUCAGCUGACACCUAUAAAUGGGCCCGAACCCUGUUUUAAUGUAUGCAUUUUACUGUAAAACAUGCGUUUAAAUUACAAGAAAAAAAAUUCUGUAAAUAAAACUAUAUUAGCAGCA